UCCCCUCAGGUAUACCUUCUAGGACUGACAUGUCCACGGGUUUAUCUCACUCGUGCUGCGAGUCCUCUCACAGUGCAAGGGGCAGCUUGCUGCUACAGCAGCGACCCAAUGCCCAGUCCUGCAGGCAUUAGAAGAUGAUGUUGAAGCAAUGACGGAUGAUCCUGUUUUCUGGGACAUUGAUUUUACGGAAAUCCAUGGGUGACAGAAAAGGAUGGCGAGAGCAGUACUUCGUCUGGUUCUCACCAUGCUCAGACGGAUGCUCAGACUGAUAAGCACAAGACCCAAAGCCACGAUUUUGUUUCAGCAUUCCAGUCGAUGUCCUCCCAGAUCUGCCAGACGUCUGCUUCUCUAACCACGGCAGUUACACCAGUAUCUGUAGGCUCCUGGUCUAGCAACCAUGUACUUUGUAACCAAGAAACUCUUGCUAGCUGUGGGAUGGUGCACCCUCAUACUGCACAUUCCGUGCACUCUAGCACUCAUCCAGGACAGUGUAUUCCUGUUACAACUCACUCCAUACCUGCAGCUAUCCAACAGUCAUGGGUGGAACCGAAAUUCCUGAGAAAUGCACCUGUGCAUCCAGAUGGAAGUGGGUUUGCUGGGAGUGUCUUUUUAGCAGGAGGCAGAAGUGAGAUACCGUGCCCUGUUAUCCAGUCGAACAUUUGCAACCAUCACCAAGCGCAACAACACUCUUUGCAGCAGAUACAGCCAGAUUCUGCCCUGUGCCCUGGGCGGGAGGCGAACACCUGGCGUGGCUUGGCUGGGGCUUCUGGCUGGGAGAGCUCCCGUUGCGAAAAAUGCCAUUACUGCUGCUUCCUGACGGCGCAGAUGAUUUUCGUCACUGGCAUUGUAGUGGGCUUCUCUCUCUUGGUGGCCGGGGGAGUGUUCCAUCGUCGCCAUGUGGCACAGUUUCAGGUCUUGGUGUAUAUCGGCGCCAUGGUUUCACUUGUGUGUGUCCUUCUUCUGGUCAUAUUCUGUGCAAUGGGAAGAGACCGCCGGCCGAGACGCAGUCGGAGAACGUCACUGCGCUACCUCUCGUGUCCCCAAGUACUGGUAGAUUCUGAGGUUCUUCCGCUUCAGUCAGUUGAUGCAAGUGGCCCUCAGAUGAUGCUGGCUGGGGAGGGCAGAACCACAGGGGAGAUGCAGCAAAUUAAUAGUGGGGACGUUGAUGUUGUGAACCCCUCCAUAUGCAUGGCUAAACCAGUCAAUCAUAAAAGAUUUUAUAUAACGACAGUCAGUCGUAGAGAAUGUGCAUUAGGGACAGGAAACCUCAACAUUGCUAAUGCUGGUUCGACAAAGCAAAAGCCAGUAGCUUUAAUAGACUCUGACAAUCAUGGGGCACAAGCCAUACCUGUGAUGAGGUCAGAAAUACCACCUCACUUAGGCCAUAUGGAGUAUUCUGCAAAGAGGUAAGUGUGUGGGUAUCAAGUAACAUUUCUAAAAAUCCAGUUGAAUAAUAAUUUCAUUGCAAAAUUAUUAUGAGAUUUACCAGAACAUGACAAGCAUCCCAUUCAGUGAAUUGGCUAGAAGAAAAAUGUCACACAAGAAUGAAUGAACCCGUUUUAUUUGGCUGACGGGUCAAAAUGAAACGGAUGUGACAAUAAGUUCUGAGGGAAUAUGGAAAUAAUAUCCCUAGGGAUGUAGACGCUCAUCCCUGCAAGAAAUCGCCUGGCCUGGAACAUGCUACGUACUUUUUAAAGAUUAAGAUUCUGUGGUCUGUGUAACUUUUAUUCGAAAUUGUCAGACCUGCUUGCUCGAUCUAAUUAAGUGGUAUUCUCAUUCGCCUAGGGGCUUUUUUAUAUUAUACAAGCUAAUAAGAGAUAUCAAAGAUGAUUUAAUGAAUAUGAAGUACAAAUUAUAUCCUGACCAGUGGUAGCUAGUGGCUCUUAUAUUUGAAUUUAGUACAGCAUUGCUCCUCCAUGUUUUUCUCCAAUUGGAUGAUGAUGUCUGUUUCAUAAAGCUGAGAUACAUUAAAAUUAUUUAAACUCUACAUGGAGUAUUUCCCAAAUGUCA